GUCCGCUCCGGAGCGGCUGGGUGGCGGGCCGGGGCCAUGACCGGGAAGAAGUCCUCUCGCGACAAGCGCCGCAAGCGGGCCAGUUCGGAACUGGCGGCGGCGGCGGCCGCGGCCGCCUCUAUGGCCCCCUCCAGCGGAGAGCGGAGGAAGCGGCGAAGCAUGGACUCCUCCUCGGCCUCCCCGCCCCCCGCGAAACCGGAUAUGAAAUUUUCUUCGGCAACCACGGAGAAAGAAGUGGAGCAGCCCAGUGAAAUCGAAGAAGGUGGACUGGACCUCACAGUGUCCUUGAAACCAGUUUCCUUUUACAUAUCUGAUAAAAAAGAAAUGCUCCAGCAGUGUUUUUGUGUCAUAGGAGAGAGGAAACUCCAGAAGAUGCUCCCUGAUGUGUUAAAGAACUGUUCAAUAGAAGAAAUAAAAAAGCUCUGCCUAGAGCAGUUAGAACUUCUGUCAGAGAAGAAACUCUCGAAGAUUCUUGAGGGUGAUAAUUGGAUUGAUUCUGAUACAGAUGACGAGGCAGAGGAUGGCUUCAAGUUAACAUCUGACUCAAUUAGUCAGCAAGACAACAGCGUGGAUUCUACCUCAUCCCUGAGGGACAGCAGGCAGUCUGAAGGCCUGGAAUUAAAACAAGGCAAAGGAGAAGAUAGCGAUGUACUCAGCAUCAAUGCCGACACGUACGACAGUGACAUAGAAGGCCCGUGCCCCGAAGAAGCAGCUGCUCCAGAUGUACCAGAACACAUCAGAAGCGGAGCCAGUCAAAUUGAUGACCUCCAGAAAGACAUUGAGAGAAGUGUAAACGAGAUAUUGGGACUGGCAGAGUGCAGCCCAAAGGAGACCAAAGCAGCAGCCGCCCUGACUGUUCCUCCCUCAGAAGAUGUUCAGCCUUCCGCCCAGCAGCUGGAACUCCUGGAGCUUGAGAUGAGGGCCAGGGCUAUUAAGGCCCUAAUGAAAGCUGGCGAUGUAAAAAAAAUAGCCUAAGGUUAUUUCAUUUUACUUUGUUUUUGCGGUUUGUUUCAAAGGGAGCGAUGACAGUUUUUGUUUCUCGUUUGAUGUUUCUCAUUCAAAUCCCGUUGGCGUAAUGACCUGUGGCUUAA